UCAUUCUUUAAAUAUAAUAAGAAAGUAAAAAUAUCAUUAAAAAUUCCUAAUAAAUAAAUAAACAUUGUUCUGCGACAAACCACGAUCCCAAAGAUUCUCUUCCCUCCUCUCUGCCAAAUUCAAACAAUCUGUUAUCCACUGCAGUGGACGAGCUCCAGAGUCCAGAGAGAGAGAAAGGAGGGAGAGAAGGACAGUGUGAGCUAAGUGAAUUCUUAAUGGAAGAUUUCAGAUCCAGAUCGUGCGGUCACGGAAGGUCGCAGAUGGAGAGCUACAAUGGCGGCAGCGGGUCGGCGGGACCCGCUUCGUCGGGGGUCAAUGGGAUGCAGGAUCUCAGGUGCUACAGCGCCUCCUACGCGACCUCUGUGCACCCGCAGCAGCAGCAAACCCAGGCGGGAAACAACGGCGAGAAGAUUAGGAAGGGGAAGUCGGCGAACGGGUCGGCGACGAAGAGCUGGAGCCUGAGCGAUCCGGAGCUGCAGAGGAAGAAGAGGGUGGCGAGCUAUAAGGUGUAUACGGUGGAAGGGAAGCUCAAAGGGUCGCUCCGGAAGAGCUUCCGGUGGCUCAAGGAAACUUGUAAUAGAGUCGUCUAUGGCCGGUAAUCAUCAUUUCUGAAUAUAUAUUAUAUAAAUUCGUACCACUAUUUAUUUAUUUCAAUUGUUUAAGUUAUGCUCGGUGUUAUUAAUUUGUAAAAUCGGAGUGUUUGUGUUGGAAAUUAUGAAGUUGUAAUGUGAUUUUUUUAUGAAUAUUUGUAUAUUGUGUAUUUUUGGUAA